GAUAAACAAAAAAAGCAUUAUAUAUUUCUUUUCAUAAUUUUAUUAAAUUAAUCUUUAUUGUUGUAUACUGCAGUUGAAGAAUUAAAAUGCAAAUGGAAAAAUAUAAGGGACAACUAUACACGAUCUAUAAAUGAGACGAGGAAAGUAAAGAGUGGAUCUGAAGCGAAAUCAAAACAAUCAUAUGCGUAUGGAGAUGUACUAUCUUUCCUUAUACCAGUAAUGAAAAAAAGAAAGACAACCGGAAAUAUGGAUAAUACCGAAAAUAUUGACAUCAUGGAAAAUAAUGACAAUUAUGAUGGAGACAAUUCUAUUUCACAAUCACAAGUGACUAUUCCAGCGUCUGAUUUAUCUAAUAAAAAAAAAAAGAAGGAUCAAAAUAAUUUAGACUUUCAAAAGACUCUGGUUGAAUUUAUGAAAAAUCCCCCCCUAAAACCCCCCGAAGAAUUCGAUGCUGAUAAAGCUUUUUUAUUAUCUUUUUUACCCGAUCUUAAAAAAAUGAACGACGCUCAAAAAUGGGAUUUGAAAAUCGAAUUUCUUAAUGCAGUAAAACGGAUUAUUACAGCACCUCAACCUAAUAAUAUUUAUCAAAAUUAUACCGACUAUUCUAACCAACAAAAUUUGACAAAUCAUCAAAUUCAUCAUCCUUCAAAUGCCUUUCUUCCACAUUUCCAAACAAGCUUUACACCUUAUUCGUACCCAUCUACUUAUUCGGCUGCUCUCAAUAAUCCUGGAACAUCAAAUACUGAGGAGGAUCGUAUUUAAUUUAUAUAGUUAUGAGUUAUGACUCAUGAUUAUUAUAAUUAUUUGUUAUUUUAUUGUUUUUAAAAGAUUU